AUUCAAUGCUAAAGCGCAGUUAGCUAGUUAGCGCACCACAGUCAGCUGAUUCAUUCACAUGACUGUGCUUUCUAGUUUCGGGCAAGUCCUGUUUACCGGUGAAAGUAUUCCCCUUAAUCUGUUUUACACGACGGGAACCAAUUUGCCAAAGUUAGUUUAGAAACCUCACGGUGAAGAUGAAAAGCUGAGGAUAUCGGGACUUCCACAAAGGACUAACUAUGUUACUAAUAACACUCUGAGUCUGGACAAAGAGGAGCAGCCAGAGAGGUUAGCUAAACAGCUUCAGCGUUAUUGAUGUGCUGUUCACUCCAGUAGCUUUUUUGUAUUCAUUCCUCAAGCACUUUGCAAACAAACAUCUGCAAAAUGACUCCAGAGGGGAAGAGGCUGUUAAACAUCAUCAUCCUGGGCUUCGGCUUUAUGUUUAUGUUCACUGCUUUUCAAACAUGCGGCAACAUAGGACAAACUGUUAUCAAGAGCUUUAAUCACACUGAAUUCCACGGGAGCGGAUACACAAGCAUGGCCAUUAUCUAUGGAGUUUUCUCUGCAUCCAACCUGAUCGCCCCCUCAGUGGUGACUGUCAUUGGGCCACAGCUAUCAAUGUUCUUCAGUGGGCUAUUGUACAGCGGCUACAUCGCUAUGUUCAUUUACCCGUACACAUGGAGCUUCUAUACAGCGUCUGUGUUGGUUGGAAUAGCAGCAGCAGUCCUGUGGACGGCUCAGGGAAAUGUGCUUGCCAUAAACUCCACUGAUCACACCAUUGGAAGAAAUAGUGGCAUAUUUUGGGCGCUGCUGCAGUUCAGCUUAUUCUUUGGAAAUCUAUACAUAUACUGUGCCUGGCAUGGACACGUUCACAUAACAGACAAAGACCGCCAGACAGUGUUCAUCUCUCUCACGGUGAUUAGUCUGGUGGGUUGCUUCCUCUUCUUUCUGAUCCGGAAGCCUGACCCUGAACCUGCUGCUUCCUCUGAGGUGUCAGAGUCGCUGCUGCAGGCUGAAUUGUCAGAGAGCUGCUCCACAGCUAGCUCACCUCGCCCAGGCCUCUCAUCACAAGCUUUGGAUGCUUUUGUGAAAGCAUGUAAAAUGUUUUGCACUAAAGAGAUGCUGCUGCUGAGCUUCUCCACAGGAUACACAGGCCUGGAGCUCACUUUCUACAGUGGGGUGUAUGGGACGUGUAUCGGAGCCAUGACUCGGUUUGGCCAUGAUGCAAAGAGUUUAAUUGGCAUCUCUGGCAUCUGCAUCGGCGUAGGCGAGAUCUUGGGAGGGGGUGUGUUUGGGAUGCUGAACAAGUGCAGCCGGUUUGGGAGGAAUCCAGUGGUACUGCUGGGGCUCAUCACACACUAUGUCGCCUUUUACUUGAUCUUCCUGAACAUUGCCAGCGAUGCUCCAAUCGCACCGGAGGCAGGGACAGAUCUGCAGGCCUACAUCACCCCCAGUGUCGGCGUGGCAUUGCUCUGCAGUUUCCUUCUUGGUUUGGGUGACAGCUGUUUCAACACUCAGCUUCUCAGCAUUAUCGGCUUCAUGUUCCGUGACAACAGCGCCCCCGCCUUCGCUGUCUUCAAGUUCAUACAGUCCAUCAUGGCUGCCUUGGCUUUCUUCUACAGUAACUACCUGUUGCUGCACUGGCAGCUGCUCAUCCUGGUCGUUGUGGGUUUUCUGGGCUCCGUGACUUUCUUUUUGGUCGAGUGGAUGGCUGAGUCCAACAGGAGGGAGUCAGACUACGACAGCAUCUGACUUUUUUCUGGUGAGGAUAAGGAGCUGGAGAUGUUUAGCUCACCACAGCUGGAAGAAUCAUCCGGAAAUGAUGAUAAUGAUGACAAUUAUGAUGAACAUAUCCCAGCCUCUGCAAACAGAGGCUGAUACUGUGGUAUAUUUGUUUUUAUAGCUGGUCUGUAUGAAGCCGGUGGCUGCAGGAACCAAACUUAAAGGCAAUCUCAACAUUUACCUGUAACUAAAUCAAAAGGCAUGAGGAGGAACUGUGUGAACGCAAGAUAUACCUCAUUUUGGUUCAUUCCUGGCGUCUUAUCUUAUUAUUUUGUGCACAUAAAUUUGAAAUUUAUCUGAACCAAUUAUGAAAAUAUCAGCCUCCUCUGAGGCAUGAUGGAUAUAAUUAAUUACAAAAAAAGCACUUACGAUUUGAAGCAUGUCAACAGUGACAUAAAUAAGGGUAAUGGGUCCCACUGCUAGUGCCUGUGUGAAGAGAUAAUAAGGAUCAAUACUGACUCAGUUGUGAAUCAGCUGCAAGUUAUAAGAAAAAAUGCUCCUACAGCCUGUUUUCACUGGGUGCAGCUAUUCCAGCUGCUGCAUGAACCGACUUAGAAUAUAAGUCUGGUGAUAAUCUACGUAUAUAUUCUAUAUAUUUUUUUCUUGACAACAAAAUCCCAUGAAAAAACCAAAAUAAACUAUGAGUUCAGCCUACUAAUAAGUGGAGUAUAUAUCAAAGCCUGAUAUAUCUUCUUCCUCUGUGCCAUAGAGCUCCAUUGUUGUCCAAAAAACUAUUAAAAACACAUCAGAGAGCCACACUGUUGCACUGGGUAACAUGUUGCUGCAUAACCAUGAACACACACACUGUAGUACACACACCAAUACUCACUAGAGCACCAAAUGUGGACUGAUUUGCUGCUGAAAACAGUCCCUAAUAAACUCCUCCAGUCUCCUUGAUAAAAAAUACAGUGAGCAGCCAUUUAAGGAAAUUUCUGAGACUCUUUUUUAUAUAUGAAGCUAUAUACCUGUGAGGUGUUUUCUCUGUAGUUGGAACUGCAGCUACAGACAGGAAGUCAGAAAGUACUGAGAGACGCACUAACACAUUGCUCAUUUUGGUCUUUAAUGGGAUUUGAUGACAAUGAAAAAGUAGAACAAUGCCAGCCCUAUACUUAAAAAGUUUUUUCCACUCACUCACUUCUGCACCCAUAGAAGCUUGUCAUACGCACAAAUUCCAGAACCUUGAUUACAGUGCAGUAGUGACACAACAGCCACCCCUGGGCUCCAUACAGCCGCAUACUGUUGGUAUGCUGUCAAAGAUUGGGAUUCACUCCACAUAAAGCAGUUGUGUUGUGUAUCCAGUGCUGUACUUCCCAGAUUGUGUUACAUGUUAAGCUGCAGUCACAAGGUAGUCACAACUUUGAAAUUAAGUUUUAUGACAGACAUUCUGAAAGUCAUUUACCUGCAGAGCCUUCUUUGGUUUCGGCCAUCUGACUUUCAUUGAGAGAGGUCAGAGCCAAUUUGGAGCAAAGCAGUUAAAAGGGAAACAUUAUCGAGAAACUUUUCAUAUUUGGUUUGUGAAUGUGAAACUUUCACCCGCAAUUCUUCUGUUUUGCUGUUUUUCUUCUUUUCUUGUUCCUUCACGAUAAACUAAGUGCCAUUUGAUUGGUUUAGUUGUAAUAAGAUCCCGCUGACUUUGCAUUCCAUGAAACGUUUUAUAAUUACAAGUGGGUGACUGCUUUAGUUCAAAUGAAAUUAACAGAGGCUCCUUGGACUGAAAAAAAAUUGUCCUUUUCCUCUUCUUUCUACUUUUUUCUCAUCUCCUCCUAUGGAGAAUGUUUCAAAGGGAAAAAGAGAGACAAUAAAAUGGUAAAUGGGAUAAAUUUAACAUUUUCUUUCAUUUUGUUAUUGUUGUUUUUUUGUUGUUGUUUUUUUCAAAGAGUUUUUGGCUGUGCUGGCAGCUUGGCUCUAGAUACCAAGUCAAGUUGGUCCACAGCUUUGGUUAAGAGUGAAAUAUCUCGUCAAUGAAAUUUGGUUCAGAUAUUCAGGUUCCCAUAACUCUGGUGAUAAUACUUAAAAUCUUGCAGGGGAUUUCACUAAUACAGAAGCUGUUGAAGUUGUGAAAACUCCAAAACUGAAUGGUUCAGUUAAAACUGAAUGGUCAUAAUUGAAGAAGUUGGCAGGUCAAGAUCCAGAAACACUGGUUCCUACAAUUUCCAUAAUGUAUCUUAGUAUCAUCUUAUAACAUUUGGUAAAUUUCUAUGUCACAUGCUUUCUGUUAAAGGUACCCUGUGCAGUUUUUGGCCACUAGUAGUGUAUCAGUACUCUGUAUGGUCUACUGUAAACGUGUGAGCUGGAAGGUGCCAAAAAAGUAGCAAUAAUUAAUUUUAGUGAUUCUCACAAUUGGCCUCCUUUACGAUGACCUUGACAGCCUCGCAAAGUUGCUGGUGUUGCUGUAGACACUUUGUCCUGUUUUUGUUUUUUGUUUUUUUUUUUUCUUUACUGCUGUUGUCACACGUCACUCAUUUUAAAUUGAUCUGUUGCCAAACCAACACAGUGCUAAAUAUGGGCCUGAAGACAUGUUGUCUUUAUGUAAUGUUGAAGUGAGAAAUGGCAACAAGGAACUCAAUCUUAGAUGCUGUAGGUUUUUUUUUUGUUUUUGUUUUUUUUUCAUUUUGUUUAAAGUGUCAAUUUAUGAAUUACAGCACAUUAUUGUAGUUAAUUUAUUGCAAAAUGCUCAAGUUUUGUUUCAUGUUGCAAAUGCAAUGGAUGCAAUCAGUCUCAAGGAUAUUAAGGGAAAUGCAUGUGAACUAUGAAGGUGAUUUUAUACUUGAAUGUAGUAAUUAAGAAUGGCGCCUGAAAUCUGCUUGCUUGUUUUUAUUAUCAAUAAAAUAUUAUUUUGAACUUAA